AUCUAAACAAUUUUUGCCGCGUAACGUAAAGAACAGCUGUGUUGUUCACUGAUUGAUAGACAGAUCUUUACUGUGAUUGGUUAGCGGGACGGAAGUCGUAAAUGCCGCUUGUAACGCAAGAAAAAACAAGAUCGUGUGUUUUAGUUCGUCUUCGGUUCGGAUCGCUGUUUGUUCGUUUAAUCGGUGCUUGACAUGACCACACAAUUGUAAAAAGCUCGAGGGAGGUCAUCGCGAUACAAGCUGUAAACUAUGAUUUUGCGACGUUAGAAACCACACUCUAAAGCAUCUCUGCGCUAUUGCUAUGUGUUAUGUUGCCUCGGCGAGUUUACGACUGUGGGUUUUCUCGAUUUGAAUUGAAAUGGCGACUUCUCUCAUCUCCUGGGACAUUUACGUCCCUAACUCGCUUGAAACAGGGACACUACUGACAAGAUGGGAAGAGGAGUCCAACUCAAGUCAAGGGCUGUUUUUCCGUGUCGACAAGUAUGGCUUCUUUCUGGGUUGGAGAGAAGACGAUAAGGAAGGGAAUUGUUUGGAUCUGUGUCAUGUGAGUGAAGUAAGACCCGGUGGUGUACCAAAGGAUGCCAAGUUGCGAGAGAUGCUUCAAAGUGAAGGGGAAGGAUUCUUGGAGGACAGGUCAUUUACUGUUGUCUGUGGGCAAAAUCUUGUGGAUGUUACCUACUUGCAUUUGACAGCACCAUCAUGUAAAAUUGCAAGGGAAUGGAUUAAUGGACUGCCACCCUUGUUACGCAACCUCAAGAUUUACAAUGCCAGCGUCUUGACACAGUUAUUUAAACUCUAUAUCAAGCUCACUGUUCACUUGGCAACUCCUUCCAACAAGAUUUCUGUAAAGAAUAUCUGUAAGAGCCUUAAUGUUGGAAAGUAUGAGCAAAGAGUAUUUGAAGGGUUAGAAGCUAUGAAACUUCCAUGUGGGAAGAAUGACGAACUUGACUGUGCAUCAUUCACCUUUGAGCAGUUUUACCAGCUCUACUUGAAAGUUUGUGGCAGGCUUGAAAUUGAACAACUGUGUGUUAAGUGGGGUGGUGGCAAAGCACCCUACCUUAAUGUCAACCAACUGGUUAAUUUCUUAAACCAAGAGCAAAGAGAUCCUCGAUUGAAUGAGAUACUCUAUCCCUAUUACAACAGAGAGAAGGCCCUUUCUCUGAUAUGGAAGUAUGAGAAAUCUUUGGAUAACCUACAAAGAGAUCGUAUCACUGUUAAUGGACUGACAAGAUAUCUACUGAGUGACGACAAUCUUCUUAUGAUGCCUAACAGAGUGGAAAUUUAUCAGGACAUGACACAGCCUCUGUCACACUACUUUAUUAACUCGUCACACAAUACAUACCUUGUGGGGCGUCAAUUUGGCGGCAAGUCUUCUGUUGAGAUGUACAGACAAUGCCUGCUGGCAGGCUGUCGGUGCAUUGAACUGGAUUGCUGGGAUGGGCCUGGUGAUGAGCCCAUUAUAACACAUGGCAAAGCCAUGUGUACUAACAUCAUGUUUAAGGAUGUGAUAGAAGCAAUUCGUGACUCAGCAUUUGUGACAUCUGAGUACCCAGUGAUACUAUCCUUUGAGAAUCACUGCAGCAAAUCCCAACAGCACAGAAUGGCUAGUUACUGUUCUGAAAUCUUUGGAGAUAUGCUUUUGAAAUUUCCUCUGGACAGUCAUCCAAUUGAAGAAGGUAGUCCACUUCCAUCACCAAGCCAUCUGAAAAGAAAAAUAAUUAUCAAGAACAAGAAACUCAAACCGGAACAAGAAAUGGAAGAAAUAUUUAGUGAUUAUGAACCCACUGACUCUUCAGGAUUUCGUGCCGGAAGCAUAAAAGAAACUGCUAUUAUUGAUGAUGAAAUUGAAGAAGAGGAGGAGGAGGUGCCAGAAAGUGAUAAUGAUGAUGACGCUCGUGACCGAUCUGUAAGCUGUGAGGAGUUUGACAAAAUAAUGGCAUACAGUGAUAAAAUUUGCAAUGACCUUUUACGAGAAUCUACCUCCACUGCAGCAGAAGAAUCCUCUGAUGACAAGUCAGUGACCCUCGAUAAUAUUUCUCAGUUUAGUUCAGAGUCAGAUUCACUGUCAGAGUACUCAAACUUUCUUCUUUCCAAGAUUCUUAACGAUGCAGGCUUAAAUGGUGUAUCUAAGGAUUUGGAAAAUACCUUUGUUAUGUCAAGGAAUAGUAGAAACUUUCUUGAAAUGCAAGGAAUUGAGUCAGUAGCAGACAAUAGUUCAGAAAGUAGUUCGAGAUCAUCAAGAACUAGUGAAGAGGUGAUGCCUUCUACAGGAAAUCGUGUUUCAGGGAUUUCUCUCACUUCAACUUUGAGUGCAACAUCAGAUGUUUCAACAGACAGUGAAAGUCUUUGUGUAACGCCAACUGUGACAGUGACCGACAGUGGGGAGACACAUAAGUUUCCAUCUCCCAAAGAAGAAAGUAACACACCUGAUGUUGUUCAUAAACCAUACCGCAGUAAUGGUGGGCUUGAGUCUAUUAAAGAAGUUUCUGAUUCUACUGAAAAUGACAAUCACAAAGAUGCUGAUGAUUCUGAUGAAAGUUCUGUAAAAUCUGAGGGUAAGAAGUUUCAGGGUGAUUCAGAACCUGAAGAAAAUGACCAAAAAAAUGGGAAAAUUUCAUCAGUAAUUCAGUGCAAUGGCAAAGUAGAUUCUAAAAGAACUCACCCUUCGGUACAAGGAAUGAAUUCUGGAUCAUCAUCUUCCAGAGGCAGCAAAGACUAUUCAGUUGAUCCAAAAUUCUUUUGUGGAAGGAAAGAGAGUAAUGCAAGUACACAAAGUGUGGAUUCAAAUGUGGAAGAUGAUGAAGAGCGGGAUGUUAUCAGUGAAUUUAAGAAGCGAGAGGAGAAGCUGGCCAGCUUUGGAAGUUCACUGAGACUUAACAUGGUUGGGGGUAAGAAGACGUCAAGGGCAGCCAGUCUUACUCCAGAGGACUUGGAAUACUUAGCACAAAUGACCACAACAUCAACCACUGGAAGCAUUCAUCCCUACUUGUCUUCACUCGUCAAUUACAUUCAUCCGGUACCAUUUACUGGAUUUGACGAAGCAGAGAAAAAGAACUUAUCUCAUCACAUCUCAUCAUUUAAUGAGUCUACUGGGUUUGGUUUACUGAAAGCCAGCCCUGUAGAAUUCGUUAGAUAUAACAAACGUCAGUUGUCCAGGAUCUAUCCAAGGGGGAGCAGGGUGGAUUCAAGUAACUACAUGCCACAGGUAUUCUGGAACGUUGGCUGCCAGAUGGUCUCACUCAACUUUCAAACUUCAGACUUAGCCUUUCAACUGAAUGAUGGAAAAUUUGAAUACAACAAAAGAUGCGGGUAUCUACUCAAACCUGAUCUCAUGAGACGGUCUGACAGACAGUUUGAUCCAUUCACUGAGUCAGUCAUAGAUGGAAUGGUUGCUGCUUCAGUUGUUGUUAAGGUGAUAUCAGGGCAGUUCUUGUCAGAUAAGAGGAUAAGCACCUGUGUUGAGGUGGAUAUGUAUGGCCUUCCGACUGAUACACUGCGCAAAAAAUACAAGACAAAAUUUGUUCCAAACAAUGGCAUGGAUCCAGUCUAUGAAGAGGAAACAUUCAAGUUCAGACGGGUUGUAUUUCCAGAACUUGCACUAUUGCGAUUUGGCGUUGUGGAUGACAACGAUAAACUGAUUGCCCAGAGGGUUAUCCCUUUAGAUGGAUUACAGUCAGGAUUCCGCCAUAUUUCCUUGAGAACAGAGAACAACAUGCCACUGCCAUUAGCAACACUGUUUUGUCAAAUUUCCCUGAAGACAUACAUUCCUGAGAGAUUUACAGCCAUAGUUGAUGAACUGUCAGAGCCUAUAAAGUACCAGUCUGCAGUGGACAAGAGAGCUGCUCAAAUGCUUGCGUAUGGCAUUGAUGAGGAGGAAGACCCCCAAAGCAAUUUUCCCUCAUUUUUUAAGUUUUCACCGUCCUCUAAUUCAUUAUCAAGAAUGAAGAAUACAGCUUCCCUAAGUUCCAUCAGUACUGCUGGUGGAAUUUCACCUGCUCCAGCUCGACCUCGGGAAUCUGUUGCAACAUUGAAUUAUGGUGGUGCAAGAUCCUCAUCAGAGCUUACCCUUAUCGAGAGUAAUGUUCCAAAGAAACAUGACUUUAAGUUUUCUCCGGUAAUUGUUGAAGAACUGAAAAAGGACAAGACAUUUCUCAAGGUCUUCAAAAAACAUCAAAAAGAAAAUGAAACUCUCGUAAAAAAAUACACCAAGGAGCGUACAGCCAUGCAAAGAAUUCACACAGGAGAUCUUGAAAAGCUCAUAACAAACUAUGAAAAGAUAAAAGUGACAGCAAUAAGAACAUUUGAGAGAGCAGUCAAGCGAUGUGGAGAAGAAAGGUCAGAAGAGCUAAGAAAAGUUCAUGAGAGCAAGAUGCUUUAUCUGAACAAGACUCAAACUGACAUGGCAAAGGAAAAAUUAACCACCCAGACUGAGGAGUGGAUAAACAUGAUUAACCGGCAGGUUGAGGAAGAGACUGCACUCUAUGAACUACAAGCAGACAUGCAACUUGAGACUUUGAAGAAAGUGAUGGAUUCUGUACAUGAAACUCAAGUAAAAGAGGUUAUUGCAAGACAUGAAAAGGAAAAUGUCGAGAUAACAAAGAAACAGACAAAGCAGUCAAUGGAAUCUGCCAAAGCACUUGCACAGGACAAAAAUAUCCAGUCCAAAGAGGAAAGGGACAGGAGACAGAGAGAGCUAGACAAGCAAAAUCUCAAACAGUUCGUCGAUGAAAGGCAAAGAUUGUCAAAGAGACAAGAAAGGGAACUUGAAGAACUAAAAAACCAGCAUAAGGAAGAGAGGAAGAACUUGGAAGUUGAAUUUCAAAAAGUUGUGUCAGAAAACAUAGAUGAGAUCAAGACAAAUGGUGAAAAGUCUAGGAAAGCUAUUCACACCGCAUUCCAGACUGUUUUACCAACACACUGAUGUGGAACCUUUACACAAACAGUAACCUUUUGUAUAUUAGUUUUAAUACUGCUGGUCAGUAUUGAACAAACCUUUGUAAUAUAAAUAUAUAUUUUAAAAAACUGUAACUCAGCAUAGACAAGCAGAAAGUUUUGCCUGUUUCAAUCUUAGUUCCAAACAGUGAUAUUUAUAAGUAGGAAGAAUUUGAUAUUUUAUUGGUUAUGGAGCCCUUAAACUGGGAUCAAUUUAUGUCAAUAUGGCGAGAUGAAUGAGGUUUAAUGCUGUAUCAGUAGAAGAUGCACAGACAUAACGGCAGUAUUAUAGACAAGUCCAUUUGACUUUUUCUCCAAGGAAGUAAGUAGUAGAUGAUUGUUUUAAUUUUAAACAGCAACAGUAGAGUAGAACACUUGAUUGUCAGAGUAGACUUUAUCUAAUGGGUUGUUUUUAGAAUUAGAGCCUGUUUACAUAGAGGUUGGGGACCCUACUAAGUAGGUGAAGUAACCUGCCUGCCACAGUUGGAAGAUAGCUCAGGGUUUCAUAUAAUCUUACAACCCUGGAAUCCUAAGAUGAAGUUUCUAGAGGUUGUUGACAUGUGGCCAGGUGAUUUCCCCACCUGGAGACAUUUACAUGGCAAAUUGCAACCCUGGCUGACCUUACCUGCUAGACAUGGGCAAUCCACCUAUCAUGUGAAUGUGAUCAAGAUAAAAUAAGGGAUUACAUAGACAGGUCAGGUUUCCCCACUGAGGCAGGUUACCUCACCUACCUGGGGUCCCCCCCCCCCUUCCACAUAAACAAGCUCUUAAGAUUAUGUCAGUUUGAUGUUAAUAAUUCUGAAUAAAGUAAGUGAAGUUUUUGUGCUCAAUAUUUGAUCUUGCACCAUGUCUGUCAUUAAAUUAUUUCAAUCAUUUUUAAAGUGAGAAAAAGUUGUCAAGACAAGUAAUUUUAAUUUAUUCAUCAGUGCACUGGACAAUGCUGUAGCAAGAAAGUGUUUUAUUCAUUUCAUGCAAAGUAAGCGUGUUCUCCAACUUAAUUUAUAGUUGAGGCUUUUUGGAAUUGUGGAGUAGUUUUUACACUCUUAUGAUAAUUUUGUUUGGCAAAAGAAAAUGGGAAAGCUCAGCUUCUUUGCAUGUAUUUACUGCAUGAAAAGUGAGACAAGACAUGGAUGUAUGGCAUAUCUGGUACUAAGAAAAACUUUGUAUCACUUUGUUUUAAAGGCUCUGUAACUACACAAAACAUACUGAAAAAAGGAAAAAUUUACUAAUAUAAAAAAGAUAUAGAGGAAUUACACUAAAAGUGCCAUAUAAGCAUGGAAAUUAAUAAAAAGAGGUACAUACUUUGAUAUAGUAAUUGAUUUUAAACAAAAAUCCAAAUGAAUGUUUCACUGUUUAACGAGUGAACGUCAGUGAAAACUGAAGUAAAUUAUAUUAUCAUAUGACCCAGUAUUACCCCAUGUGUGCUUGUAUUAAAAAACAGAAAUUCCCAUUUGACAGCUGUAUUUGAUAAUGCCAGCAGGGCCUGAAAAUGCUGCAUGCUAAAUUAUACUGUCACAAGAGAGGAAAAAAGAAAGAAUGGGAGAGAGGGGCAGUCCUGUGAUAAAAUGUGUCUAUUGACUGAGUAAGGUUGAAAUGGGAAAUAUUUGGCUCUUGGUUAUGAUGUGCAGACAGAAUGCAGCACAUUCCUUUCAUCAUGACCUCGAGCCAAAUAUUUUUAUGUCCUGCUCUCCUGCUCAAUCAAUAAUGUAGUAGAUAUUAAUGAAAUGCAAAGAUUUACUCCUGUUUCCAUAUGGUAAUAAGAUAUUCCAUCUUCACAUGUGAAGAUAGUGAUGUAGUUUUGACAAUCAUGAUGUCCUAAAUGCUUUAAUUUUGUGAGACAAUAUUACUGAAUGUAACUCUUUUAGAUAUGAAAAAACAUGACCGAUGUUAAAGUGGCAUUUCUCCCAAGAAAUCACUGCAUCUGAAGUGUUUUAUAUGCAUUCAAGCAUUCUUUUUUUAAUCUGACCAUUUCAUUAAUAUCUAUUUCAAUAUAAUAUGAUAAACAUAAUAUCUAAUAAUAAUCUUAUAAACAUUAUGGCCUCUUUUGGAUACAAAUUUAUUGUACAAGGUGUUGAUAAUUCUCCAAAACUCCUUUAAAGGGAUGAUCUUUGCUGAAUGUAAACAACAAACAGCAGAAAUAGACUCUGACUUUUCUCACUUUUUGGUUAAUCAUUAACCAGUUAGCUCCCAAGAUCUUAUUGUAAAAUCUCCUUUCUAGUUGCCACACAUUUCCUUGUAAAUAAAUUAGGAUAAUUUGGUGUGAGAUAAGGAUAACUUCUACCUGAUUAUUUUUAUUAUUCUCAUUACCUGUUUGCUGAGUAAUGUAUGGAUAUUAGAGGGAGAAGUUACAUGUCAAUCACUUCUGGGAGCUAAAGGGUUAGAUUAAUGUCAAAGAAAACAGCGGCAAAAAACCUGUCUUUCAGUGAAAAACCUUUCUUUCAGUAAAGCAAGUACUGACUUUGCAGAGAUAAAAAGGAGUUCAGUUUUUACUAUUGUUAUUCAAUCUAAAUGUCAUGCUCAACCCCACUAUAAUUAACAUUUUCAGAAUAAAAUUUGUAUCCAUUUUAUGCCAUGGCAAUAUCUGAUUUAUCAUUAAAAUUUUAUUUUGUAGUAUUUUGAGAGAGCCAUAUCAUGAUUUUAUGAAUAUGCCCUAGGUAGUUAAUUGUAUAUAGAAACAACUGCUAGUGCCAGGUGGCAUGUCUACUGUUAAUAUGCAUAGUAAUUUACCAG